AUGAAUGACGCUAGUGAAAAAUUGACGACGCAUAAUGAAGAGGGACCGUCAUCGAGCAUGCUCCGUUUGGAACUGGAAACCAAACCUGAUUUGUGCAUGCAUUUAUUUGUGCCGGAUCCGGAAAAACGUGAAAUAGAAUUUUGUCUCCGUGGUGAAAUUGCUGCAAGUCUUUUGCAAUCAUUCAGUUUUGGUGAGAUACCCUCUUUUCUGAUCGAUAUACUCGAGAACUCAAAAGUUUGUCUGUUUCAUCAGGGAUGUAUUCCGUUGUGGUGGCAGAAUCGUAUUCAAUGGCUGCAUCCGUCAAUGCGAACGCUCUUCUGUGAUGAGCAGUUGAUCAGUGAAUCAGUGGACAAUGAAGAAGCACGAAUCAAAGCUGUUAAUGAGUACUGGCGAUCGGUCGGUCCUCCGCCCGCCAAACGACGCGCUUUCUGGAGCCCUCAUGAGGAAGUAACAAGGCAUGAAUGUUGCCGCUAUUUCUCGCCCCAUCAGUCUUUCGCCAUUCGUUUUUUACCAGUUCAGAUCUCAUUUUUGUUGGCAAAAAUGAGCAGUAAUAGCAUUAUGUUGAUCGUUUGCUUUUACCUAGCAAGGACAUUUUUGAUGAGGAAUGGGUGGAGGACGCUACGGCAAAAAGAGCAAAGUAAUGAGUCUGAUUUGGUGCGUUUACGUGCGAUGAGUGAAGCGACGACGAGGUUACGAGAACGAUUCAACUUGAAGAGGAUAUGUCGUCGUUCACGGCUGCACUACCAAAACAUUCGCAUUCAGAACACGGCUCGAGCUCAUUCUUCUUCUUCAGCUGAUUGCAGCGAACCUAGUGCAACAACAGCUCAAUGCAAAUAUGAAACAGCAACUGAAAUCGCUGAGCGGAGGUGGAAGGAGGAGAACGAGAAAACAAACGAUAAAUUGUACGAUGGACUUUUAUUCAAGAAUGUGCCUGAUGGGCAAGGAGUGAGCAACUGGGAGUUGAAUAUUUCGCGUGAUCGCGGUAAGACGUGUUGGGCGCGUAUGUCAGUGAGUAAUCCCAUAGUAGGACAUAUACAGGGUGUGCCAUUCCCAGUCGGCACUGAAAUGCAACUUUCGACAUUCCUUACUCAUCUUGGUCGGGUGCGUGGAGGGCGUGAGAUGCGUGCCGCGCAUAGUGGCAGUGCGCCGCGAAAGUCGUCGACCGGCGUUUGUGUGCUUUGUGCAGAAGACGCGAUUGGCGUCUCGAUUCUGGCGACACGUCUCGACCCUCGGCGCCUCGAAUAA